GGAACUGGUUGCAACAGUAAUAAGCCGAAAGAAGAAGCGCAAAAAGAAGUCAGAGAAUUUCCAAGAUGUCGUCGCUGAAUGACAGAUCAGUGUGGGAUGAGGUGGAGGAUGGCAUUGGGGAGGAAGUCCUCAAAAUGUCCACUGAAGAAAUUGUUCAGCGGACGCGUCUUUUGGACAGUGAGAUCAAGAUCAUGAAGAGUGAGGUCCUAAGGGUGACCCAUGAGCUCCAAGCUAUGAAGGAUAAAAUUAAAGAGAAUACAGAGAAGAUUAAAGUCAACAAGACCCUGCCGUACUUGGUCUCCAAUGUUAUUGAGCUGUUGGACGUAGAUCCCAACGACCAGGAGGAAGAUGGAGCCAAUAUUGAUCUGGACUCCCAGAGGAAGGGGAAAUGUGCUGUCAUCAAGACCUCUACGAGACAGACAUAUUUCCUGCCAGUCAUUGGUCUGGUGGAUGCCGAGAAGUUGAAGCCAGGGGACCUUGUGGGAGUGAACAAGGACUCCUACCUGAUCCUGGAGACCCUCCCAACUGAGUAUGACUCUCGGGUCAAGGCCAUGGAGGUGGACGAGCGCCCCACUGAGCAGUACAGCGACAUUGGAGGCCUUGAUAAGCAGAUCCAAGAGUUGGUGGAGGCCAUUGUGUUGCCUAUGAACCACAAAGAGAAGUUUGAGAACCUGGGCAUCCAGCCGCCUAAGGGGGUACUGAUGUAUGGUCCCCCAGGAACAGGAAAGACUCUGCUGGCCAGGGCCUGUGCUGCCCAGACUAAGGCCACCUUUUUGAAGUUGGCGGGUCCACAGCUGGUCCAGAUGUUCAUUGGUGAUGGUGCAAAGCUGGUCCGUGAUGCUUUUGCUCUGGCCAAAGAGAAGGCCCCAUCCAUCAUUUUCAUUGAUGAGCUGGAUGCUAUUGGGACCAAAAGGUUUGACAGUGAGAAGGCUGGUGACCGUGAAGUGCAGAGGACCAUGCUGGAGCUUCUCAACCAGCUGGACGGGUUCCAGCCCAACAUGCAAGUCAAGGUCAUUGCUGCCACAAACAGAGUGGACAUCCUGGACCCUGCGUUGCUCCGCUCUGGACGUCUGGACCGUAAGAUCGAGUUCCCCAUGCCCAACGAAGAGGCGCGUGCCCGCAUCAUGCAGAUCCACUCGCGCAAGAUGAACGUCAGUCCUGAUGUGAAUUAUGAAGAGCUGGCCAGAUGCACAGAUGACUUCAACGGUGCCCAGUGCAAGGCUGUGUGCGUGGAGGCCGGUAUGAUAGCGCUUCGCAGGGGAGCUUCUGAGCUUAACCAUGAGGACUACAUGGAGGGCAUCCUGGAGGUGCAGGCCAAGAAGAAGGCCAACCUGCAGUACUACGCUUGAGUCAAGGGAUGGCGUUCGGUGUCUGUAUGUGUGUGUGUGUGUGUGUGUGUGUGUUUGCAUUUGUACGAAUGUGUGUGUGUG